AUGGCGAAGAAGAAAAAGGUUUCUCUGAUUGGUUCGGGCAAUUGGGGUACAGUGAUUUGUAAGAUCUUAGGUAACAACAUUCUGUGCAAUGAGCAUUUAUAUGAAAAAAACUUGCCUAUGUUUGUCAAAAAAGAACUUUAUAAUGGCAUCGACUUGUGUGAUAUCAUCAAUGAAAAAAAAAUGAACAAAAAGUAUAUGCCCCAUUGCUUCAUUCCGGAUAAUGUUAUGGCAAGUUCUGAUUUGUUGGAAGUUACCGACAGAGCAGACAUUUUGGUUUUUGUUUUGCCUCACCAGUACGUUAGAGAAAUUUGUGAAACAUUGAAGGGGCAUGUAAAAAAUGAUGCCAUUGCCAUCUCUUUAAUAAAAGGUUUUGACGUUUAUGGAAACAAAUUAGAUUUGAUAUCAAAUGUUAUUCGAUCACAAUUAAACAUUCCUUGCUCGGUGCUUAUGGGGGCUAAUUUGGCAUAUGAAGUUGCCUUGGAGAUGUAUUCGGAAGCUACGAUUGGAUGCAAAGAUGAAGAAGUGGGAAUAUUAAUGAAAAAGUUAUUUCAAACUCAUUAUUUCAGGAUAGUCGUGGUUGAUGAUGAGUUGACGGUUGAGCUUGGAGGGGCUCUCAAAAACAUAGUAGCCAUGGGGGCAGGUUUCAGUGAUGGUUUGAAUGGAGGGCACAACACAAAAUCUGCUGUCAUCCGCCUCGGCCUCAUGGAGAUGAUGUCCUUCUCUAAAAUGUUCUUCAAAGAUAGCAAGAUGAGCACAUAUUUUGAGAGCAGUGGGUUAGGUGAUCUUGUGACAACGUGCUAUGCCGGUCGAAAUCACAGGGUUGCCAAAGAGUUUGCAAGCAAUCCUCAACAAACAUUAGAAAAUUUGGAAAUGAAUUUGUUGAAUGGACAAAAAUUGCAAGGACCAUUGACUGCAGCUGAGGUGGCCUGUGUGCUUAAGCUCCACAAUGUUGAAGGACGAUUUCCUAUGUUCAGUACCAUUCAUAAAAUAUGCAGUGGUGAGAUGCCAGUUAGUUCAUUCAUGGACUGCCUUAAAAAUCAUCCAGAACAUUUAUGAGCACGCCUGGUGAACUUAAAUGGAUUAAUUAAUUAACCUUAAAUAAAUCAAAUAAUUAAACUUCCAGAUCAUACACUUAUAUUUAUGAGACUAAUUAAA